AUGACCUCUAUAAACCAUCCUAAUAACUUGUGCCUUGUCACCCUUCACUUCCUCUCUUCUACCUCUUGCCACUGCCCUGACCGUGUGCCGCCUAGGGAGCCUGGCAAGAAAUUCGAUGAAAUUUUGAACCUCAAAAAUACCUCAAAUAACAACCCUACUAACAUCCUUACUAACCUUUGCACUGGCCUCGAGACUUUCCUCGGCUUCAACUCUGCUUCCAAAGGCUACGAUGGCACUGGGAUUGUGUACUCCGACCUGGACAGGCUGUGUGACGGGGUGAUGGCGUUUUUGAGUGGUGUGCUUGAUGCGGUGAAAAACGAAAAUGAGGUGACAACUUAUGAUAAUUACAUCAGUGGAGACACUAAAAAGCUUAAAAGUGUUCUCAAACUUGUAGAUAGUAAAAUUGGCUCCGGGCGUGAAGGGCUUGCGGAUGCUGUCGGCGCGGUGAAGGAGUGGUUGGAGGGGUAUGAGAGGGAGAUAAAUGAUAAAACCAAAAAAGUAACAGAUGAAUUAACUUGGUUAAUUAAUAAUAUGAACGGUAAUUACAAAAAUAAAAUUAAUGAAAACUCUUCCCUCACUGAUCAGCUGUCGACUUGGUCGGAGGUUAUCGGUAACAUUGACUUUGACGUCAGCCAAAUUGAAGAAGAUAAAAUUAGUGAGCUUGAUAAAUCGUUAAAAACCAACGUAAUGAAUGAGAUAAAGAUUGUUAAGAAAUCGGUAGAAAUGUUAAAUAAAUCUGCAAAAAAUCCGGAUUUGUUGACACAGGUGCAGAGGGUGGACGCAGAGUUGGAGUGGCAAAGGAAUGACGUUAAGAAACACGUCGAUCAGGUGUGUGAAAAAGUCGGAGAUGAUGUGCAUAAGGAAUUAUAUAAAAUUCGUCGAAGCGUCUCCGCUUUGGAAGAUAAGAAAAAAGAUCAGUUUCAAGGUAUCCACGAAAAAUUGAAAGAAGCUGAUGCGUUUUUACAUGACGAAUUUAGCAACGAUUACAGAAAUGAAAUCGAAAAACUCUUUGCAGAUGUGAACGACCAAAUGAGUGAUAUUACGAGCACUGAAACAUCCGAUUCUAACCUGAAGCAGAAAUUCAGCGCAAUGAUGAUGGAUACGACGCACAUUCGUGUGGACAUGGUAACGGAGAAUCGCAAGUUGAAUGAAUGGAAAAAAAAGGCGCAAGAUGUCGUUUAUGCAGUGAAAACAAAGAUUGGUGACAUUAUCAUGAAACUAGACAAAGAUAGGCUCUCAAGUGCGGAAUAUCAAAAAGUUCAAUUCGCAGCUGAUAAUCUAAAAGAAAAGGCUGAUAGAUUUAUGACGUCCAUAGCGGAGGCUAAGAAAGCACUUACAAGUAGUAUUAAUGUGGCAUUACAGGCUGUUAAGACAAUGGACGAGGAGCUUAAGAAAGAUUUACGAAUUGUGAAAGGGAGAAUAAGAGAUGAAAUUUGGAGUCAUGUCAAUCUUUUGAAGACACAGUAUUGGGAUGGUCUAGAAAAUAAUGUGAAAGGGGAUUUACAUGGCUUAGAAAUGAAGCUUGUCAGUAGUUUGCAAAACCAUGUUAAGAAUCUUCUCAAAACAAUUCAGACGCAAGUUAGCGCUAUUAAGGGCAAUGAUGGAAAUGGCAACGGUUUGCACGGAUAUGUGAAACACGUCACUUCGACGUAUGCAAAGCAGUUCAAGCAGACAACAGGGUUUGAGAAUACGGUGAUAAUAUGGUUAGAAAACAUUUUAAAAAAUAAUAACGUGGUGAGAAAAUAUAUUGAGCAGUACGUUCAAAAGAACAAGGGAAGGGAGUAUUUCGAGCCGCAAUAUGUGAACGAGAAUAAUUGUGCCAUAGAAUCGGGAAGAAUCAAUGACAUCGCAGUGCAGAUCAAGAACAAGCUGAAGGGGAUCUCAGGAGCUUUCACUUUCACUUCAGUUUCUGACGAUGAUGACAUCUCGAAAUGCGUUCAAAAAAUACACGCUUGCAUAAGUGGGUUUGCGAGGAAGCUUAAUGAUCAAAUAACAAUUAUGAAUGUCACCGCUAGUAGCGAUGCGUUUGUCGAUGGCAUAGUGGAUGCAAUCGAAGAUAAAGCAGUGAAAAAGGCUAACAAAACACGAACUCUGAAAAACUAUCUUCAGGCUGCCGUCCGUUACAUUGUAAUAGCGCUGUAA